ACUAAAUUAAACAAGUCCUCUUUUACUCUGUGUGAAUCGAAUAAGUCUCAUAGGCUUGGCAGGUGAAAUAUAACAGCAGCAUAUAACUUCAUAUGAAGACAGCACCGUUAAACGUGCAUUGUUGAGUCGACCAGUUAAGGUCGAAUCGACAAAACCGUCUGAAGCCUAGAAUGUUUACAGACAUGGACUACGAGUUGGAGGAGGACAAACUUGGGAUUCCAACAGUACCAGGAACGGUUACUCUGCAGAAAGAUGGACAGAACCUGAUUGGGAUCAGCAUUGGUGGAGGUGCCCAAUACUGCCCCUGUCUUUAUAUUGUACAGGUCUUUGAUAAUACCCCUGCAGCUUUGGAUGGAACAUUAGCUGCUGGGGAUGAGAUCACUGGAGUCAACAGUAAAACGGUUAAGGGGAAGACCAAAGUGGAGGUGGCGAAAAUGAUUCAGGCUGUGCAGGGAGAAGUCACAAUCCACUAUAAUAAACUUCAAGCAGAUCCAAAGCAAGGGAAAUCUCUUGAUAUAGUGUUGAAGAAGGUGAAGCACCGACUUGUGGAAAACCUGAGCUCAGGUACAGCAGAUGCCCUGGGCUUAAGCAGAGCCAUCCUGUGCAACGAUGGACUGGUGAGGAGACUAGAGGAGCUUGAGAAAACGGCAGAGCUCUACAAAGGACUAAUGGAGCACACCAAGCGGCUACUCAGAGCUUUCUUUGAGCUCUCGCAAACUCACAGAGCUUUUGGGGACGUCUUCUCUGUGAUUGGUGUGAGGGAACCCCAGGCUGCUGCGAGCGAGGCCUUUGUGAAGUUUGCCGAGGCGCACCGCAACAUCGAAAAAUAUGGCAUCCAGUUGCUGAAAACCAUCAAACCAAUGCUUCAUGAUCUGAACACCUACCUGCAUAAGGCCAUCCCUGACACCAAGCUUACCAUACGCAAGUACCUGGAUGUCAAGUUUGAGUACCUGUCCUACUGUCUGAAAGUGAAGGAGAUGGAUGAUGAAGAGUACAGCUGUAUCGCCCUGGGAGAGCCCAUGUACAGAGUGAGCACGGGGAACUAUGAGUACCGGCUGGUCUUGCGCUGUCGCCAGGAAGCACGGGCUCGCUUUGCCAAGAUGAGGAAAGACGUGCUGGAGAAGAUUGAGCUGCUGGACCAGAAACAUGUCCAGGACAUUGUAUUCCAGCUGCAGCGCUUCGUCUCAGGCAUGUCUCGUUACUAUGACGAGUGCUACGCAGUGCUGAAGGAGGCUGAUGUCUUUCCCAUCGAGGUGGACCUCUCUCGCACCAUGAUCAACUAUGGCAGCCAGUCGCAGGGAUACACGGAGGAUGAAGAGGAGGAGGAAGAGGAGGAAGAAGCUGGAGACAAGAGCUCCGCCCAGCAGACAGAGAAUGGAGCUGAGAAGUUGAUAGAUGAUGAAUGACUGAAUGAAUGAAUGAAUGAAUGACAGUAAAUGAAUGGUCAUACAGUUACACACAGAGGCAUCAAACACCCCCCCCCCUCCAUGAUAGCUGCUGUUGUUUCAUCCUAAUGUAUUUAGCAUUACCAAUCUUGAAGAUCUCUUACUUUCCACAGAUUAUAUGUGCAUUAUGCGAACUUUUGCAGAAUCUUACAGUGCACAUUCUUGACUCCUGUCUAUGACAGCACAUCUUCAUCUCAAUAUCUACUGUUGUAUCAGAGCCCCAAAGCGUUUUAUGUUCAUUUUUUUGUGGUAAAGAAGUGGUUAGCAUUCAUUUGUUCUGAGUGAAUAGGGGAACUUGAUGCCUCUGUUGGAAUUGUAUUUUGGGUGCCUUUGACAUUAGUGUCUCACAAUACUUUCAAACCCAGUCCAAAUACGUGUACACGAAAGUAGUUUUAUGAAGGUACAAUUAAUAGCAGAAACGUGUAUGUAUUUACAGGUUCCUUUAAAGAAGACAAAAGGCAUUCCGAUGAAAAGAAAAUUGAUUUUGCUCAUUGAUAUAAGCUCUUGAAUAAGAAUUAAUUCUUGUCUUUACAGGGGCAUUUGUUUAUUUUGCUGCAUGAGGCACUUUCAAGUUAGAAAAAUGUUGGACACCUUACACUGUUACUCAAAGACUGGUGCCACAUAAUUAAAAUCUGUUUUCAAAAACAAAUUAAUUUAACUAACUGGAUCUUGAAUGGCACAGUGUGUGAUUCAGUUCCGGUUGCGUAAAAUGUUGUAGACAUUUGAGCUGAAACCCUAUGAUUGUUUUGUUCAUGUCCGUAAUUGUUUUCCCCAUACAACAUUUACAGCUUAA